CACCACCGCCCCUCCGACACACCUCCUCCAGCCUCUCUUUCCUUGCGACAAUGGGCGUCGUCGCGAGCUGCUGCGAGUCGUGCUUCCACUCCCGGAGGUCUCAGUCGUAUGAACCUCUCCUGCUUGAGAACGAGCGGGAGGCGGUCGCGGAUCUUCUCCAAUAUCUUGAGAACCGAACGACUACCAACUUCUUUUCCGGCUCACCCCUCUCCGCGCUCACCACUCUUUCGUUCUCUGACAACGUCGAUCUACAACGAAGUGCUGCUCUUGCAUUUGCGGAGAUCACGGAAAAGGAGGUUCGCCCUGUCGGCCGGGAUACCCUUGAUCCCAUUCUCUUCCUCCUGGGCAGUCAUGACACCGAAGUUCAACGGGCGGCGAGCGCAGCACUAGGCAACCUGGCCGUAAACACUGAUAACAAGUUGCUUAUCGUCAAGUUGGGCGGCUUGGAACCCCUCAUCCGACAAAUGCUGAGUCCCAACGUCGAGGUGCAAUGUAACGCCGUUGGUUGUGUGACCAACCUUGCGACACACGACGAUAACAAGACGAAGAUCGCGAAGUCGGGUGCCCUCGUUCCUCUUACUCGUCUCGCCCGGUCGAAGGACAUGCGUGUGCAGCGAAACGCGACAGGCGCGCUGCUCAACAUGACGCACUCUGACGAGAAUCGCCAGCAACUCGUGAACGCAGGGGCGAUACCGGUGCUUGUCAGCCUGCUCAACUCUCCUGAUACGGACGUACAGUACUAUUGCACGACGGCGUUGAGCAACAUUGCGGUCGAUGCCGUCAACCGCAAGAAGCUCGCCCAGAGUGAGCCCAAGCUGGUAGCAAGCUUGGUACAGUUGAUGGAUAGCCCAAGUUUGAAGGUACAGUGCCAGGCUGCACUCGCCUUGCGAAAUCUCGCGAGCGACGAAAAGUACCAAUUGGAGAUCGUGAAGGCGGAUGGCCUACAGCACCUCCUCCGGUUGCUGCAGUCAACGUACCUUCCGCUUAUCCUUUCGUCUGCUGCAUGCGUGCGAAAUGUCUCCAUACACCCGCAGAACGAGUCACCGAUCAUCGAGUCUGGCUUCUUGCAACCGCUGAUCAACCUCCUCUCGUUCAAGGACAACGAAGAGGUCCAGUGCCAUGCGAUCUCGACGUUGCGUAAUCUAGCAGCCAGCUCGGAGAAGAACAAACAGGCGAUCGUCAAGGCGGGCGCGGUUCAGAGCAUCAAAGAGCUGGUUCUCGAGGUGCCCAUGAACGUACAGAGCGAGAUGACUGCAUGCAUCGCUGUCCUUGCUUUGAGCGACGAACUCAAGGGCCAGCUCCUCGAGAUGGGCAUUUGCGAGGUGCUCAUCCCUCUGACGAACUCGCCUAGCUCUGAGGUGCAAGGGAACAGUGCGGCGGCUCUUGGUAAUUUGUCUUCAAAGGAUGGACGGACUACCACAGAUGACUACUCGGCAUUCAACGACGUGUGGGAGAAGCCUGAUGGUGGUAUGCACCGCUACCUGUACCGCUUCUUGACUAGCCCGGAUGCCACUUUCCAACACAUCGCUGUGUGGACUAUCGUGCAGCUACUGGAGUCUGGUGACCCACAGCUCGUUAGUAACAUCCGGACCUCGAACCUCCUCAUCCCCAACAUCCGGCAGCUCGCUGAGACGCGGACGUCGACACCGACCUCGUCCAUCGGUGGCACCCCCCACUCUCACCACUCCGCUAGCCACUCUUACCAGGAUACGGAGACGGGCGAGGGACAGGGCGAGAUCCAAGUCCUUGCUCGCCGGAUUCUGGACAUCACGGAGGCAGACAGCGACGGCGCGAUGACACCCAGUGCUGCAGCGUCCCAAAUGCAGGCGGCGUCGCUGCGUGAGCACGAGGGCAGUGUCGGGCGUGAACAUGAGGAGCUUAGGAAGAGCGUGCGGGAGGCGUUCUCCGGUUCCUCGACUGGUCACUGAGGUCCACUCGCCCCCCCGCGACCAGGGCGACGUACGUCCUGAGCGCUGGUGAUACAUGUGGAUGGUGAGAUGUCUGACGGAGGACGGUGUGUUGAGGCGCGCGGUGGGGCUGGUAGAGUUUUGUGUGCACUCCUGUGCGGACACUGGCGGGGAGACACAUUGUCCCCUGCAUUUCUAGAGUCUCCCCUAUUUCGUAUUAUGCAUUUGGUACCUACGCUGCGCACUCGACGCUCGUCUCUUCUCUCUUCUCUCGUUUUUGUUACUUCCGGAGGCUGCAUAGGGAGUUGUUGCAUUCGUCCAUCGGAUUCUUGUUCCAUAGUAGUUCUGGUAGGGUUCGGUAUGUUCCCGACGACGGUCUCGUAUCGAUUGCUUCAUGACGUAAUGUAAUGACUCUACUGCUCGUAUGUUGAUCUGCAAUGCCAUUCUCAAAGCUCGA